ACGGCGGCAGAAAAAUUUCGCGGCGUGCAAUUGCUUCCCGCGACCUUACACUCUCUCCCGCGGUCCGUUGCAGUCCGCUGCUUUCCGGAAAAAAAUGACGAAAAUCCCCUUCCAAUCCCUUUCAAAUGGAGGAACUGAUCUCCCCUUCGUCGUUGCCGGCCGCAUAAGGUUUCAGCGAGGGCUUGAUCCCGAGGUUCUCGAGAACUUCCCGACGCUGGUGUAUUCAGAAGUGAAGGAGCACAAAAUCGGAAAGGGCGCGCUCGAGUGUGCAAUCUGCCUCAACGAAUUCGAGGAUGACGAGACCAUCCGCCUCCUCCCCGAGUGCGACCACGUUUUCCAUCAGGAGUGUGUAGACGCCUGGCUCGAAACCCACGUCACUUGCCCUGUUUGCCGCGCUAAUUACACCUUCUAUUCUCCCGAUCGUGCAUCCAGAAUUCCCGCGCGAAACGAUGGGGCAAUGCUUGCGCCAGCGCCUCCGGCAAUGCUUGCGCCAGCGCCUCCGGCAUCAGCUUUACCUCCCGACGCUCCGCCGGCGGAUCAUGUGGUGAUCACGGUGGAUGAUAUGAAUGAGAGGAAAGAGGAGAUGCGAGAGCUCGCGAGGAUCGCGAGCAAGGUGAGGGCGAAUGGGCCGAGGCGAUCCAAGAGGAUUUCGAGGUCGCACUCGACUGGGCACUCGAUGAUGCCGCAAGGAGAGGCGGGUCUCGAUCGUUUCACGUUGCGGCUGCCGGAGAACAUGAGGAAGGAGAUCAUCGCCGCUGGGAAGCUGCACAGGUCGAGAACCUUCGCGGUGACGGUGACUGGGGGUGGUGCCGGCGAGUCCAGUACGAGGAAGAUUUCGAGGGGAGCUGGGGAAGGAAGCAGCCGAAGGGGCCGGACUAUUCAUCUCGGGCGGUCGGACGGGUGGCCGUCCUUCUUCGGCCGCUCUUUGUCUGCGAGGAUUUCUUCGUUGGGGAACAGGAGGAGCCGGGAGGAAGGAUACGUGAAGGAGAAGUCAAUAAGCAGGAAGUCAAGCGUUUUUGCAGGAAAUUUUAAUUAG